UGUUAGUUAUUUUGUGGGGGCCUAACCCGCAAAUCACAAAUGAUGUUUUCCCACUCCUUGUAGUAGUUGCUCAGUUCCUAAUUUCCUACAUUACUUUAUAGAAAUUAGGGUUUUGCUCCCCUCGCAAAUUUGAGAGAAGAACUUUGGGGGGAAACAAAAAGGAGCUCAGAUUCCUUUUUCAAAUUUUCGUCCAUCCCUCCCUUUUCUUCUUCAACUUCUAAAACCCUAACCCUAGUCUUCUGCAACUUCAAAUUCAAAUUCCAAUGCUAUUCUCCUCUUUCAAUGAAAACCUUACACCAGCUUCCACCAUUUGCUUACAGUUUCGGUAAUCAAAUUCUAUUAUACCCCCCUACCCCACCCCCCUCUCUCUCUCUCUCUCUCUCCCAGGGUUUUGUUUCUGGUAAUCUUGUUUUUUCAACCUGAAUUGCUCUCUCUGGCUUUGAUUCGUCUUGCAAGCUUGAGUUUUGUACGAGUGUAGAGGUAUUCUGUGGUCUCUAUCUCAUCACUUUCAGUUACGGGGUCUAUUUCAUUUUUUGAAGGACUAGUUGGACAUAAACAGUCAGGUAUUGAGCUCUUCAUCCCCCACUUUCUCACAUUACAUUCUUCAUUUUCUCCAUCUCUGUUCUGCAUCUGUUUCAGUUAAAGGCGUUGUUUACUUACACGAAUCGUCAUAUCCAAGUUUCUCAAUCAUCAUAUCAGCUUUGCCAUUUCAAGAAAUUGUCAUACUCAAUUAUCUCAAAGGUCAUUUACUUUCUCAGCUUUGCCCUAGUUUCCUCCCCAUUUCAAGACAUAUCCAUACUGAAUUCUCUCCAAGGUGUUGUCAUCUUUGCCCUAGCGUACUCGCUUCACUUUCCAUGGUCUCUAUUUUGCUCAAAUAGCGUAGAAGCAAACUCCCAAAACCUAAGAAACAGUCCCACCAUUGCAAUCACACUGAAAUCAGAAUUCGUUCCCCUAAAUAUACCUUAAACCCUGCAAAACCUAGAGAGAAAAAAAUGAGUGCUUCAGCUCAAAGAAGUACAAAAACUGGAAAGCAAUCCUUGUUGUUCAAGGACUUGGCUUCUCCCAUAUCCACUCAAAGGGGGAGAUUCUCCACCCCUGGGCAAGCAGCUGCCGUUUCAGCUCUAUGGAAAGAAAAUUUCGGGGGUGCUGACCCUCCCCCUCCGCCGCUUUUUACCCUUGAUGAUCGAGUUGAAUUUUCACCGGAACCAAGCAUCGUCGAUUACCCAACCUCACCCGAAUUCAGGUCCUCUGGUCGAGAUUCUCCCUCUCCAAUGAGGGGCAAAAUGGUAAAUGGGUCGCUGGAGCAUACCCCAAACCUCUCUUCAAUGAAGGGCAAAAUGAUACAUGGGUCACCCGAGGCCACCAGUUCAUAUGCCAUGACACCUGGUUCUGGUUGGUGGUCACCUCCAAAAGAGGUCAUUAAUGGAGUGGAGAAGGGGAGGGGUUCACCUGUUACUGGUGUUGUUGAAGUACAACAACAAACUGUUGCUUUGCUUACUCUUCCACCCCCUAGAGAGGUUGCGAGGCCUGAAUUGCAGAGGAAUACUGUGCCUGUUGGUGAUUUGGCUGAGGAAGAAUGGGUUACAGUUUUUGGUUUUUCCCCUGGAGAUACCAAUUUAGUUCUACAGGAGUUUGAAAAGUGUGGCAUAAUAUUGAAGCAUGUACCAGGUCCAAGAGAUGCUAAUUGGAUGCACAUCCUAUAUCAGAACCGAUUUGAUGCCCAGAAAGCUCUUGCGAAAAAUGGAAUGCAGAUAAAUGGAUUGCUUAUUGUUGGGGUGAAGCUAUUGGACCCCGUUCAGAGGCAAGCUCUAAGUCAGAAGCCCAUAAACCAUGCCUUUAUGGUUGUGCCCCCUCACUCUUCAAGUAGGAGCUCAACUCUGAGCUUUUUGAGGGCCUCGUCCCGACCUUAUUAUUUACAGUCACAAGAUGGAAAUCAGCGUAAUGCCGGGGCAAUUGCUUCGCCUUCAAAGUCGGUCGUCUCAAAAAUUAUGGAUUUAAUGUUUGGCAUCUGAAUGAGUGCAAUUUCUGGGCACCCAUUGAUGAGGCCUCUCCCUAAUCUUUUUGGAUUGGAUCUGUUAACUUAAAUUUUGCCUUCAGAUGAUGUGUGUGUGUGUGCAUGUUCGUGAGAAAAGGAGACGGGAAGGGGGGGGGGGGUGGGUGGGGGAAUUUGAGGUUAAAGCAAGCAGAUAUAAAAUGUAUAUGUAUGUUAGAUAUUGAGUGUGUGGUGGGGGCGGGAGGUGCAAAUUCAUGUUCCAGUUAUAAGGAGAGAGAGAUAGAGAGAUGGCAUUUGUAAUCGCCAACGGAAGGUGAGAUCCUCUCCAGGGUUUGUUGUUAUGAUUUAAUUUGUGUGAGAGAGAUUUUGAUUCAAUGCAAUUGUCAUGUGAUUAGCUUUCUUGGUU